GGAGGGGGGGGCUUGUAGAGGUAGCAGUGGGCCGGGGGGUGAGCAGCAACAUCCAUGGGUGGCUGUGUGGGGAGCCACCACGACUCUUCGGGCAGCUUAAACGAGAACUCGGAGGGCACCGGAGUGGCUCUUGGGCGUAACCAGCCCCUGAAGAGAGAACGGCCUAAAUGGAAAAGUGACUACCCAAUGACAGAAGGCCAGUUGCGCAGCAAGAGAGAUGAGUUCUGGGAUACAGCGCCAGCAUUUGAAGGCCGGAAGGAGAUUUGGGAUGCAUUGCGAGCUGCAGCCAGUGCCUUUGAAAGCAAUGAUCUUCUGCUGGCUCAGGCCAUCCUUGACGGUGCCAGCAUCACACUGCCACAUGGAGCACUGACUGAAUGUUACGAUGAACUGGGGAAUCGAUACCAGCUCCCUGUCUACUGCCUGUCCCCUCCAGUCAACAUGAUUGAGGAGCGCUCUGAUGAGCCUGAUGGUUCUGAUCCGGACUCCGGGGCUGCUGAUCCGUCCACGGGCAGCAUUAGCGACCCCAGCUCAGGAGGGGAGUGCCAGCUUCGGCUACGGCUUUCCACAGGUCGCGAUCUCCGUCUGGCUGUGCGCUCCACCGAUACAGUGGGCAUGAUGAAGCGCCGUCUACAAAAUCAGGAAGGUGUGCCGGCUGCCACCCAGCGCUGGUUUUUCUCAGGGCGACCACUGACAGACCGGCUGCGUUUGGACCAGCUCAACAUCUCCAGGGACUACGUAGUGCAAGUCAUUCUCAGCCAGCCGCUGCCAAUCCCAACAUUCACACCAGGACAUACAGCAGCGGCAUCUGGACAAGGCACUGCAGGAGGAGUGACCACACCGUCACAAGACCCCACGCCAGUGGAGAAUUAGGUGGGCGUGUUGGUGGAUUGGUAGCAGAAAAGACAACAAAUGACAUUGAGGGAUGGGAGAAAAAUGUAUUUUCUACCACUCCCUUCUCUACUUUUGAUUGUUUUAUCAGGUUUUGCUGAGAAGGGCUCUGUUUGGGCGAGCAGAAGCAAAUGAACUCUUGAAUUGAGAAGACUUCUUGUCAGUUUUAUAUUUGGAUAUUCUGACAUUUUUGAAGUGUUCCUAUGGAAUCCAAACGACAGAGAACUUUAUGUUUUAAAGGGUUUCUUUUGCAACACUGGUAUACGAAUGUUUCUACAUUUACUUUUUCCUUUUAUGUUUUGCGGUCAAGCAAACCUGGUAGCAGGAUUCUGUUUCCGAAGAUACAGGGAUCCAUAUUGAAUUUAUGGCAGACUGGACGUAUUCCAAGCUGCCACUGGAGUAGAUGCUUUAUACAGUCAGAGAUAUCAUAACAAUAAACAUUAAAUGGUCAGUGUGUGUGUGCGUGGAUGUUCAUACACGGUCAGAAAACACCCACACUUACCAAUGUGGUAAAAUGGUGCAGUAUGAUUUUUUUUAACUUAUUCAUACGGUGGCACCAAUGUUGCAGUCUCAUGCAUUGCCAGUUUGUGAUCAUUUAAACAAAGCGUUUUUGUCAUCAAAGCGAAGACUAUGCAGUUUUUAAAUAAUUUAUCUGUUAAAUUCUGCAGGAUUGAAAAAAAAUUGUGCAGUGAAUAAAUGUGAUUGACUCCCA